AUGCCGCUGGCCUGGUAUUUCAAGACACAGUGGGAACGGGAGUACGGAAACAACGGGCGCUGGAAAGAGCACUUCUGUCACGACUGGUUCCAACAGGAGUCUUACGCCGACCGGUUCGCCCGAGUGGUGUUCCGGUGCCCCUGUACUCUACAACAGGCCGAGCUGGACAGGGGUCGCUUCUCGCCUGACCUCGAGUGCAACGUCAUUGACCGCAAGUGCGAUACUUUUCACAGAGGGGCCCAUCACUGCCUUAAGACUGGACGGCCGUCAAUCGGUGGUUCCGAACACACCUGUUGUUACGACGACUACAGCCAGCUUUUACAGACCGCCGACACUGUGUAUAGCGGCAGACCCUCCCGGGCCUAUAUUUAUGGCAAACAUCCCUUUAAGAUGCGCAUGAUGAUCCCGGCUCUGUCCGAAUGGCUUCACGACACAAUGCCCUUCUUCUUCUGCUGCAAAUGGCAGGCCAAGGAGGACAACGCGCACACGUGUCAGUGGUAUAACUACUGGCGCACAUCGCAAGACUGCUCCUCAUACCAGGCGCCGGCCAUCGGCUCCGUGUACGGCGACCCACACUUCGUAACCUUUGACCGAUACAACUACACGAUGAACGCUAAAGGGGAGUACACUCUGGUGCACGUGGACAACGCCAUUCACAAACUA